AUGGCACUAAUUGUAUGUUUCAUGGGAUUAAGUCUUAUAUUCUCCCAAAUUGUUUCUGCAAAUUUUUACACCGACAUUGAUAUGGCAUAUGGCACUGACCACACCCAGAUACUUGAAAAUGGCCAGACGUUAAAGCUCAGUCUAGACCAGAUUUCAGGUUGUAGAUUUCAAUCAAAGAAUGAGUAUCUGUUUGGUCAAAUCAACAUGAAAAUCAGAUUGGUGCCCGGAAACUCUGCAGGCACUGUAACUGCAUAUUAUCUAUCUUCCGAUGGGUCUCAGCAUGACGAAAUGGACUUUGAGUUUCUGGGAAACCUGUCUGGAGAUCCCUAUAUCGUGCAGACAAAUGUUUUCUCACAAUGCCAAGGCAAUCGAGAACAGCGAAUCUACCUCUGGUUUGAUCCCAUUGCAGACUUCCACACUUAUUCUGUUCUCUGGAAUCCCCAACAAAUUCUAUUUUCUGUGGAUGGAAUUGCUGUAAGAGUUUUUAAAAACAACAAAGAUUUGGGCGUAGCAUAUCCUGAGAGUCAAGCGAUGAGAAUAUAUGGAAGCCUUUGGGACGGAGACAGUUGGGCCACCAGAGGUGGUCUCGUGAAGAUCGACUGGAGCAAAGCUCCAUUCGUAACGUAUUUCAGGAAUUUGAGUAUGGAUGGAUGCCUCUCCACUUUCCCUUCUGCUAAAGAUUGCGCUACUAAGUCAUGGUGGAGUGAAGAACUGAGUAGCACACAGAAGAAACAGCUUACUUGGGUGCACAAGAAAUACAUGGUUUAUGAUUAUUGUUCGGACACUGUAAAGUUUCCCAAUGGCCCUCCCGCUGAAUGCACCAGCAACGCGUCAUUUUAA